GGGAUCAGAGAUUAAUAAUGUUUGGGUUAUCAAGCAGGAAAAGGUACUGAGCCUUUAUAUUUUUCAGGUAGCAACCCUUGUUAUUAGACACAAGAAGGGAAAUUUUUUCAGAAGCAUGGAUACUACAUGGACCACACAGCUAGACCAAUUGUGAGUAGAGGGUCGAAUCAUACUGACAUGUUUGUUACAUGAGUCCUGAGUAGAUGCGUGAUCCACUUCUUGUGGAAGAAGUUCUUAUGAUUGGUCUCAUUUGCAAGGUUUAUAAGCUAGCUUCAGCCUUCAGGUGAGUGUAUGUUUUGAUUUAUUUCUUGAUAUUUUCAUAGUGCAAACUCAUGGGUCUAUUAAGAUUAUGUAAUCACAGUGUUAGAUUUUCUAGUGUUCUGAGGUUCCCAUGUUAUCCUCGUACAGUAACAUCACUUCAAAGGGUCACUAGUUUAGCCAGUGUCAAGACCUGUGAUGGUCCUGAAAACUUAUUGUCUGGUUUUGAAUUAGAUCAGAAAUUUUACAACCCAUUGAGACAUUUUGUUGGAACAAGGCAAUACUCUGUUCAUAAAUUGUUGGGGUCAGGUUUCGACCAAGAACUAAGCAAACCAUCGAGACAUUUUGUUGGAACAAGGUAUUACUCUGUUUCCAAGAUUCAGAAAUAUGUGUAUAGACCUCUAGUGAAGUGUUUGAGUUAUGUCACUUUUUUCACUGGGAAGUUUGAAAUCACACCUUAUACAAAUAUAACUCUUUAUGUGUUCCCUUUUUACAAUAAAAUCUAUGGAGAGAUGUUAUUUUCGAGUUUGAAACAAGAUUGUGGAAGGGGGUUGAGACUGCCCCUGACUGACCCCCGGUGUAUUCGAGUUGAAUCAAUUGCCACAAAGAUUCUUAAAGCAUUACAGAGGGAGACGGGUAGGCGUCAUGUGUUGGCUGAUCAACAAUGGAUUAAAGAUAAUGUUGAUGGGAAGGUUAAACUGGUAGAGAGAAGUGCAAGAACUGAGGAGUCGACAGAUGUGCAUUUGAAGGAGGGAAUAAAUUGGGAGGUUUUUGUGCUCGAUCUUCCUAUAAUUAACGCAGGUGCUCAAGGUAUCGGGGAAAAUAUGGGGAAGAUUAUUUUGUCUACGGGCUUGUUUGAUGUUUAUAAGAGUGAUGAAGAGCUAGAAAUCAUUAUUGCACAUGAGGUUGGGCAUGUAAUUUCUCGACAUAUGCAAAGACGUUUUCUUUGGCUUCCAUUGAAGAAGAUUUAUCACCGUGUGAUAAAUGGCUAUGAUUCUGAGAUACAUUAUCGUUUGAGGUUGGAAUAUAUCCUCAAUUAAGCUCAUAAUUUGCUAUGCUUCCACAAUAGAUUUCCUCAUAGUUACAUGUACUAUGUUUCCCUGAUUUACUAUGCUUGAUCAUUGUUCCUCUCUCUUUUCUUAGUGGAAACUCUUGAAUCCAACUUUAUCCGCUGAAAUACUUGCAAAGGUCCUAGCAUCUUUUCCACACCAUCUAGAACUGACCUCUAUGAAUGUUGUUUACCUUUCGCCACUUUUUUUCCUCCUUCUGAUCAUAAAUUCUUGUUUGUGGCAUGUAGCCUUUUGUAGAUCCAUUCUUCAAUGUCACUUUCACUGGUAUGUGAGUUUAGAUAGUUAUAGGUGAAGGAAGUCUCUUAAAUAGAGAAAAGAUGUUAUU